CAUUGUGCGGAGUGAUCUGAUAUACGGGCUACACCCAGCCGCAGCCGCACUAGUGCCCCGGCUUUCUUUGCCACCCCAGCGUCCAAGUGUGGGUUACAUCCGAGGCUCUCCAUUCGUUUGCAGGGCUUUUUUUUCGCAAAAUAAUUCCGCAUAGUCUUAAUUUGACAACAACACCCCGCGAUUUUUUUCCACGCAACAUCGCUUUCUUCAACAUGUCUUGGCAAAGCUACGUGGACAACCUGAUGGCCGAUGGCAGCUGUCAGGACAGCGCCAUUGUUGGCUAUGUGGACGCCAAAUACGUUUGGGCAGCACAUGCCGGUGGUACUUUCAACAAUAUCACGUCCCAAGAAAUUGACGUCCUCGUAGGAAAAGACCGAGAGACCUUUUACACCUUUGGUCUCACUCUGGGCUCAAAGAAGUGUUCGGUCCUCCGAGACAGCCUCCAGAACGACGGAGACUGGACAAUGGACAUCAGGACAAAGAGCCAAGGAGGAGAGCCGACAUACAAUAUCUCAGUGGGACGAGCCGGAAAAGUUUUGGUUCUUGUAAUGGGCAAAGAAGGGGUCCAUGGCGGCGGAUUGAAUAAGAAGGCUUACUCGAUGGCAAAAUACUUGAGGGAUUCAGGCUUUUAAUGUUUCCAGGCUCAUUUAGGUAAAAAUUUGAGGGACAAAAAGAAGAGAAAAAAAAGAAAUAUUUGCUGUUAAGAUUUCUCCUGCAAGCGGUCAAAUGUCAUGGAAACCUUUAAUAGCAUUGAAGAGUGGUAAGAUUCUGAUACCUGGUCCCUCCCCCUUCCAUCCCGUAGGGGUGGGGACUCUUCAGUUUUGUUCAUUUUUCUCUCUAUUUUUUUUCCUUAUCUGCCCCAGCAUUGGUUAUAGUCAUGGGAAACAAAGCGGUCCAUGGACAGCUUAACACGAAAGCAUAUGAUAUGGCGUCGUUCCUGAGGACAUGUGGAUAUUAAGCAACCUCACCAUCCAUCAACUUAACCGGUCACCCCAACUCACUACAUUGUGUUGACACUACUUGCAGGGUUAAAGGGCAAAUGUUUCUUCCUUCCCGCUCUAUUUUAUACACAGCCCCCACAACCACCCUUUUUGGUUUCCCCUCCCCCCCUCACCCCAAUGUUGUAACCACACAUUUUUUUUGACACUACAGUUAUGGCAUGUUCAAUAAAAUUGUUUAAAUGUUAUAAACCAAAGGAGCGUGCAAAAAAAAGACCACAAAGUGUAAUAAAGAAUUGAAUUUGCCUUGUAUAA